UUUUCCAUGUGUAUCCCACCACCCAAUGUCACUGGCUCCCUGCACAUCGGCCAUGCACUCACGGUGGCCAUACAGGAUGCCCUUGUGCGCUGGCACCGGAUGCGUGGGGAUCAGGUGCUGUGGGUGCCUGGCACAGAUCACGCAGGAAUUGCUACACAAGCUGUGGUGGAGAAACAGAUGUGGAAGGAGCGGGGGGUGAGGAGACACGAGCUGAGCCGGGAAGACUUCCUCAGGGAGGUGUGGCAGUGGAAGGAGGCGAAAGGUGGAGAGAUCUGUGAGCAGCUGCGAGCUCUGGGUGCCUCCCUGGACUGGGAUCGAGAGUGUUUUACCAUGGAUGCUGGCUCUUCAGUGGCUGUGACCGAAGCCUUUGUGCGACUCUACGAGGCGGGGUUGUUGUACCGGAACCAUCAGCUUGUCAACUGGUCAUGUGCUUUAAGAUCAGCCAUCUCAGACAUUGAGGUGGAGAGCCGGCCCCUGUCUGGCCGUACGGAGCUUCUAUUGCCUGGCUGCCCCACCCCUGUGUCUUUUGGCUUCCUACUGUCUGUUGCCUUCCCCGUGGAUGGAGAGCCUGAUGCAGAGGUUGUGGUAGGAACCACAAGGCCAGAGACGUUGCCUGGAGAUGUGGCCGUGGCUGUUCAUCCCGAGGACUCUCGAUACACACAUCUACACGGGCAUUGGCUUCGUCACCCCUUGACAGGGCAGCUUCUCCCCCUCAUCACAGACUCUGCUGUUCAGCCACAUGUGGGCACAGGGGCAGUGAAGGUGACUCCAGCUCACAGUCCUGCUGAUGCUGAGAUGGGGGCCCGACAUGGCUUGAGCCCCCUGAGUGUCAUUGCAGAGGAUGGGACCAUGACCUCCCUCUGUGGGGACUGGCUGCAGGUGGUACCAGACUCAGUGUUACCCCAUCCUUUGGGGGCACCCUCCUCCUCUCCUUCCCCCUCUCACUUUCUUGUCUCUCUAGAGGCUUCUCAUUUUCACCAUUGCCACUUUCCCCAGGGUCUUCACCGAUUUGUGGCACGGGAAAAGAUUAUGUCUGCGCUGAGGGAACGGGGCCUGUUCCGGGGCCUCCGGGAGCACCCCAUGGUGCUGCGCCUGUGCAGCCGUUCUGGGGAUGUGGUAGAAUACCUACUGAAGAGCCAGUGGUUUGUCCGCUGCCGGGAAAUGGGGGACCGAGCUGCCAAGGAGGCCAGGAAGUCCUUUCUGAGUUUUAAAACCACCUCAGAGGCCACUUGUCCCAUCCGGGAGGCACACGUGCAGGAAGGGAAGCCUUGUCUAAAGCCCCUUUUCCCUCCAGGCUGUGGAGUCGGGGGCCCUGGAGCUGAGCCCCUCCUUCCACCAGAAGAACUGGCAGCACUGGUUUUCCCACAUUGGGGACUGGUGUAUCUCCCGGCAAUUGUGGUGGGGCCAUCAGAUUCCAGCCUACCUGGUCACGGAGGGGCAUGCAAAGACCCAGAUGUCCUAGACACAUGGUUCUCUUCGGCUCUUUUCCCCUUUUCUGCCCUGGGCUGGCCCCAAAAGACCCCAGAUCUUGCUCGUUUCUACCCCCUGUCACUUUUGGAGACGGGCAACGACCUUCUGCUGUUCUGGGUAGGCCGCAUGAUUAUGCUGGGCACACAGCUCACGGGGCAGCUCCCCUUCAGCAAGGUGCUCCUUCAUUCCAUGGUUCGGGACAGGCAGGGCCGGAAGAUGAGCAAGUCCUUGGGGAAUGUGCUGGACCCCCGGGACAUCAUCAGUGGGGUGGAGCUGCAGGAGCUGCAGGCAAAGCUGAGAGAUGGCAGCUUGGACCCCUCAGAGCUGGCCAUUGCAGCUGCAGCACAGAAAAAGGACUUUCCUCAUGGCAUCCCCGAGUGUGGGACAGAUGCAUUGAGAUUCACGCUGUGCUCCCAUGGAGUUCUGGGGGGUGACUUGCACCUGUCUGUCUCGGAGGUCCUGAGCUGCCGGCAUUUCUGCAACAAGAUCUGGAAUGCCCUGCGCUUUAUCCUCAAAGUCCUAGGGGAGAAAUUUGUACCUCAGCCUGCAGAGGAGCUGUCUCCCUCCUGCCCCGUGGAUGCCUGGAUCCUGAGCCGCCUUGCCCUUGCUGCCUGGGAAUGCGAGCGGGGCUUCCUCACCCGGGAGCUCUCACUGGUCACCCACGCGCUGCACCACUUCUGGCUCCACAGCCUCUGUGACGUCUACCUGGAGGCCGUGAAGCCGGUGCUGUCGCGCUCACCCCGCUCUUCAGGGCCCUCUCAGGUCCUGUUCUCCUGCGCUGACCUUGGGCUCCGGCUCCUUGCCCCGCUAAUGCCCUUCCUGGCUGAAGAGCUCUGGCAGAGGCUGCCCCAAAGGCCUGGCUGCACUGCUGCCCCCAGCAUCACUAUUGCCCCCUACCCCAGUGCCCACAGCUUGGAGCACUGGCGCCAGCCCGAGCUGGAGCAGCGCUUCUCCCGGGUCCAGGAGGCUGCACAGACACUGAGGGCUCUCCGAGCCACGUACCAGCUCACCACAGCCCGGCCCCGAGUGCUGCUGCAGAGCCCCGAGCCUGGGGAGCAGGGCCUCUUCCAGUCCUUCCUGGAGCCUCUGGGCACCCUGGGCCACUGUGGGGCCGUGGGCUUCUUACCCCCAGGUACAGCAGCUCCCACCGGCUGGGCCCAGGCCGCACUAAGUGGCACACUUCAGGUCUACAUGGAGCUGCAGGUGACUGGUGGGGAUCGGAGGGGGAGGGGAGGAAUUUGGAAGAAUGUUGGGAGGAAAGGAAGGGCCCUUAGAAUGGAGAAGAUGGAGGCCUUGAGCAGGCUGCAGAGGCCCGAGCCUUCUCUUCCUGUGCUACGCCAGGGUCUAGUGGACCCGCAGACACAUCUUCCUCUGCUAGCUGCCCGAAGGCACAAGUUGCAGAAGCAGCUGGACAGCCUCCUAGCCCAGGCCCCAUUGGAAGGGGUGGCAGAGACUCAGAUGCAGCAACGGCUCUCUUCCCUACAAUUGGAACUGUCGAAACUGGACAGGGCAGCCUCGCACCUCCGGCAGCUGAUGGAAGAGUCUCCUGACCCCGGGGAGCUCAAGCCCUAACUCACCAUCCCUGUCUGUUUUCCUCUCUCUCAGACCCAUCUUUGGGGACAAACAGAUUUGUCAGCCGUUAUGGUGCGAUUGGACUAUGUGGCCCACUGUCCUCAUUUUGUAAAUGAGGAAACACUGGCUUGGUCAUGGUGACCGUGGUGUCCUCAAGAAGCUCACCUCACUGCCAGGCCUCCCUCCCGUGCGGCCCCACCUGGAAGUUUGGGAAGGAGGAGAUUCAGAUAAACACUUUUAAAAUCCUAAA